AUGGUACGGGACAGAUAGCGGAACAACGUAAAGCAACGUCGCUGUGGAGGUAGACUCUUACUGAGGCGAUUAAGUUAAUCUGUUACAUGUCAUACCCAGACUUAUUCCCAGCCUCGGUUGGUGGCGGCCGUCCCCAGUGCGACUCUACCGCAGUCGCGACCUUUCCCAGGGGUGCAACCACCAUUCCUGUACCUUUUUCCCCUUCCUUCUCUUCCUGCAGUCCCUUUUAACUUUUUGUUCUUCUCUCCUCAAUCCUUCUCUUCUCGAAUUUUCUCCCGUUGCUAUUCCCGAUUCAUUUUUUACAACGUCAUGGAGAGCGUUAACAAACCCAGCUUUGAGAUGGGCAACAAUGCCACCGUCAAGGCAGCAGACGCUGUCAAUGUCUCGGCAAAGGCUGAGCCAGAUUCUGGACGCAGCUCGGCGAGCAAUUAUCAUGAUAAGGAUCAGUUGGAGCGGAUGGGAAAGAAGCAGGUGCUUCGGCGCAACUUUGGGUUCAUGACGAUUCUGGGAUUUAGCUGUACCAUUCUCAUCACCUGGGAAGCUAUCACUGUUCUCUUCGCCCAGGGCCUCAACAAUGGUGGCACAGCCGGUGUCAUCUACAGCUUCCUUGUCGUUUGGGUCGGUAACUUUAGUGUCUUUGCUACCAUGUGCGAGCUGGUCUCGAUGGCACCUACAUCCGGAGGACAAUAUCACUGGGUCGCUAUGAUGGCGCCGCGGUCGUGUUCCAAAUUCCUCAGUCACCUCACAGGCAUGCUCACGGUCGGCGGAUGGCAAGGCUCUGUAUCAUCCAGCGCCCUGCUCACGGGAAACAUGAUCCUGGGAAUGGCGACUCUCAAUUAUCCCGACUUCCAGCCCGAGCUUUGGCAGGGAACAUUGCUGUUCUGGGCCAUCUUUGGGUUUGCCGUCUUCAUCAACACGCUCGUCAGUUCGGUGCUGCCCAAGUUUGAGGGAUUGAUUUUGAUCCUUCACAUUCUGGGUUUCUUUGCCAUUCUGAUCCCGCUUGUUACCCUUGGACCUCAUGCUUCUGCGUCGGAUGUCUUUGGUACCUUUGUUAACAACGGUGGAUGGUCGACUAAUGGCAUCUCGUUCAUGGUUGGUAUGAUGGGUAAUGCGUUUUCCUUCGUCGGCACUGACGCUGCUUUCCACAUGUCCGAAGAAACCGUCAACCCCUCCGUCGUCGUCCCAACCUCCAUCCUUCUCAGUCUCUGCAUUAACGGCGCUUGCGGUUUCGCCAUGGUCAUUGCCAUGGUGUUCUGCAUGGGCAACCUCGACGACGCGAUGGCUUCAGGCCCCGGAAUGCUCGGCUUCCCCUACAUGUACAUCUUCCAGCAAGCGACAAACUCAAGAGCCGGUGCGACCGUCAUGUCCGCCAUUAUUGUUCUUCUUGCUGCUUGCGCCACUGUCGGGAUGCUUGCAUCGACCUCUCGUGUCUUCUGGUCCUUUGCCCGUGACCGAGGUCUUCCUGGCUGGCGCACUCUGUCAAAGGUCAGCGACCGAACCACUGUCCCCUUGUACUCAGUCUUGUGCACUGCCGUCAUUUCAAUCCUCCUGUCACUCAUCAACAUUGGAUCGCCUGUUGCGUUCCAAAACGUCACUUCUCUUUCUAUUUCUUGCCUCUACUCUUCAUAUCUUAUCGCCGCAGGUCUUCUUCUCUACCGUCGCCUCACCAAAGGCUUCGUACUGCCCGGCACUUCAGAUCUCCCAGCUCUGGCCAACACCACCGGCGCUGAGCUUGUCUGGGGUCCUUUCCAUCUCAAGGGUGCCUUUGGCAUUGCCAACAACAUCUUCGCCAUGUGCUACCUCAUUGUUGUUGGCUUCUUCAGCUUCUGGCCUCCCAUGGUGGAUCCUACCGUGGAUAUGAUGAACUACAGUGUCGUGGUCACUGGGGGCCUCGUCAUUUUCAGUGUCAUUUACUACUUCGCCUGGGCGCGAAAGGAGUAUAACGGACCUGUUGUCGAGAACUAGAUUGAUGGUUUUGUGAUCAAUGGCGUGGCAUAAAAAUUUGUUUCAGUUGGCGAUGCAUGGUAAAAUGUUUUUUUUUUUGCAAGAGAUUGUAUAGACUCUUUAUAUAUCCCACUUGGAUAUUGAGAUAGGAUACCACAAUAAUACAGCUAUCUCAAAACU